AUGAGCAACUUGAUCCUGAAUGCUGCAGUAGAGAGUUAUAAAAACUCCAAAACUGCUGGCAGAGCCAUAAUCGAGCUGCUCAACCUUUCCAAUUUGCUCGACAUGAACUUUUCCAAUGCUGCCGUGGUGCCGUUAACGACACAUCCAACGGCGUUCUACAUUCGCCAAGACUGGAAAAACAAACACAGAAGCAUCAAGGUGUUCAAUGGAGCCGGCGAGCAAGUUUACACUUUUGAAAGAUUAUCCCCGACAAAUCCAGUCUGGAGAAUGCUCACGUUCCCACAACGUCGAGAAAUCGCUACAAUUAAAAUCUCGCUUUUUGAAAAAUCGAUAAAUUUCCACAAUAAGCCCGGGUUGGCCCAUCGUUGCGUUUCCAAGGAUUGGAACAUGCGAGGCAGGCACCGGUCUUUUUACUUGAAUGAUGGCGCGAAAUAUUCGUGGUCUUCAACGACAAAGUUUUUGGAGAAGAUAAUGAACCCACUGAAUGGCCCCGAUGAGCAAAGAGUCAGGGUCGCGAAAGUGAAGCUUAUGAGGCAGUUCAAAUUGGAUUUCGAAGUGUUGGUUGAUGAAUCAAAGAUCGAUGCAGAGGUGGUGUUGGCAACUGCGUUGAUCUCCAUCUUUACGCAGUGGGGAAUAGGCGAUUUCACUGACACCAUUGGUGCAACAUUCAUACCUGAUGCAAAUACUCAAAGCGUGAACGCUUGA